AGAUCCAGAACUUUUGUGAUUAUACCAUCUCCUGACCAACAGCCCAAGUAGGCGCAGCUCGCAGCUACAUUUUUGCCGGAAUGGACAACUCCCAAUUUCGAAAUCUUGUCCAGAGUGGCCGCGCCGAGAAUGAGUCUCCCAGAGGGGGAGAUUUCAAGAAGCCCGCGCUUGGUUCAAGAUCCCGCAACGUGAUGCCCAUGACUCCGCGCUCUGUCGCCGGCUACAAUCCUUCCAAAGAGUUCACAAGACACGAAAAGGACGGACAACCUCCGACGAAGAAGUUUAAAUCGAGCGCCGCGCCGAAGGGGACCAAAUUCGCUUCUGGCUAUCAGGAUCGGACAUUGGCGCGGAGAGUAGAUGGCGAUGGUGAAGAGGUCAGGAAUGACAAGGAGAAGCGUCUGAAGGCGCUGGAAGAGAUGUACAAGCUACAACAGAUUGAUGAAGCUACAUUGAACAGACUGAAGGAAGAGAUUGGCAUUGGUGGCAAUCUCAACAGUACUCAUUUGGUCAAAGGCCUUGACUUUAAAUUGCUGGAGAGGGUGCGGAAAGGAGAAGAUAUCAACAGUGAGCCUGCAAAGGGCCAAGAGAGUGCUCCUGAGCCUGUCAAGGCUGAUGUCGAUGAUGAACUGGACCAGGUGCUGGACAGAGAAGUCGAAGCAAAUGGUUCUCGUUCGAAGGAGCAACAAUCCGAGUCAAUCGAGAUCGAGCCGGUUGAAGGGCGGCCGAUGACUCGCGACGAGAUUUUGGCUCAACUGAAGCAGAGACGUGCCGGCAAGGAGGAAGUCCCUACUCCAGCGCCUGCCCUCAAUGAGAGGUUUAAAAAGGUAGUGUCGGAGAAAAAGAGCAACAAGAAGAAGUUUGUCGAGGAAGUGAACGGGCGUCGCAGAGAAGUCCUUGUCGUUACCAACAAGGACGGAACGACGAAAAGAAAGACUCGAUGGCUUGACCCAGAGGAUGCAGUUCCGAACAAGCGGGAAAGUCAACCUCUUGGAAUGGAGGUUCCCGCAGAAUUCCUUGCCAAGCAAAAGGCUAUGCUAGACGAAGCAGCUGCUGAGGAUGAGGACGACGAUAUUUUCGCCGGGGCGGGCGACUACGAUCCGCUUGCCGGAAUCAACAGUGACUCCGAUGAUAUGGAUGGCAAUGGUGACACGUCCAGGCAGGCCGAUGUGCCGGCGCAUAAGGCAGCAGCACCAGGCGAGGACAAGCCACGAAAUUAUUUCGGAACGAGCAAUAAUCAAACCGAUGAAAACAACGACCGAGCUAAUCCCAUCAUGAAGGAUCCGACACUUCUGGCUGCUUUGAAGCGUGCGGCUGGGUUGCGACGAAGCGAGGAGCAACAGCAAGAUGAUGAUGACCAGACUGAGCUGGACCCCGAGAAAGCUGCGAGGCAGAAGCAGCUAUUGGCGCGGCUCAAGGACCAGGAUCGAGCAGAUUCAGCAGAUAUGGAUCUAGGAUUUGGCGAGAGCCGCUUCGGAGAUGAAGAUGACGACGAGGGUGUUGUGUGGGAGGAAGGAGAGGGCGCUGCAAAGAAGACUGGUCGGAAGAGAGGUGGAAAGAAGCGUAAGGGCGACAAAGACAGCGUAGGCGAUGUCAUGGCAGUGUUGGCUGGUCGUAAGGAGGAGAAAUAGCCAGGUUAUCCCUCGUUGUCAUCGACGGUGCUCAAGAAUACCACUAUGAUAUAUAUUACAUCCUUGACCCUACCCUGGUGAGUAGGAAAAUUUUCAUAGAUAGCCGGGUCGAUGAGAUCUGAACCAUGGAACACCACGGCGAAUAAACCCUUUUCAAUCGCAGGAGGCAAAUUGCCAGGAGUUGUGGUGGAUGAAUUCUGUCCGCACACAAGCGGGGAUGGAUUCUACACAGAUCCCGGCGUGCUUUUGUACGGAUCAUAUUACUAAGUGAACGCGACGGGAAA